GAGGAGGUUACCUACCGUCGUGGAUCGCGGCUGAGCGACUAAAUUCGCGACUUGAUUAUCAUCGAUGAUAAAAUUAUUAGAUAUAAUAAAUAUGUGUAUACAAUAUAUAUAUAUAUAUAUAAUAUGUAUGGCGUAAUUAAGAUGGAACACGUAGAUAUGCGAACUAAAGCUGAUUUGGUUCCUUUAUUGAUUUUAUUUUUUUAAAUAUAUUUUAUUUACAAAAAAAUAAGUAUACAACAAUUUUAAAGUUGAUUAAUUUGAUUGAAUGUGAAAAAUUGAGUGAUAAAAUAUUACCAUCUGGCAAGGGAGUUUUUGUUCCGUCGCAACUUAUCGGUUGCGGUAAUUGCUUUGUGAUCAUUGCGGCGUCAAAAUGGCGCCACGCACGGUUAUACGUACCAAGCCGCGUGUUGGUGAUGAUGUGAGCCGUGAAAGUUCGUGAGAAAAUUCUAUAAAGCUCGACUGUCAACUUCUUAGAACUUUUGCGUGCGUGGUUGGAAACAAACAAAUGUCAAAAUGUCAAAAUGACAAGCACAGUUGACAGAAGUGCUGUGAGAAAAAAGCCUGUUAAAUGAUUUGCUCUCAAGAAGAAGACGCGUUGAUUAUUCGCUCGGAUCUGAGAUCGGAGAUGUAAAAAUUAAAAUGUUUCAAUAUGUUUAAAAGAAUUAAUAAGAUUCAAAUAUUCUGAAGUUGCAUAUAUAUUUUGUAUUCUCUCUCUGUAGUCUAUCUAAGGUAAAAAUGUGAACUUUUGUAUAUUACAUAAUAAAAGUGAUUUUUAAUAUAGUUUGAUAAUUUCUUCUAUAAAUAGAAAGAGAAUAAGUAUACAAAAGAACAGUACAUUGUUAUAAGGUGAAGUAUCUUGAAAUCUUGCAAAUUUAAUAACAAAUAUAGCAAAUGUGUAUAAAAUAAUAUAAAUGUUCUCUUCUACAAAUAAUUUCUAAAGUCAUAAAACAUAUCUUGCAACAAAUAAUAGCACAAUCAAAGAAUUUAUAUAUGUACAAACAUUUAUAAAUUAUCCAAUUUUGAAAUGUGAUAAUAUAAAUUUAGUGUAGUUCAUACACAGACAACAUGAUGGCAUAAGAUUAUGGAUUAUGUAAGUGUUGUUAAGACAUAAAUUCCCGAAAUAAAUGCAGUCGUAACAUCAAGUAGCCACUAAGAAACGCUUCAUUGUCGUAUAAUCGUCACGAGGCGGAAGACACGUUUCUCGGAUCAAUCGUUGAUUUUCGUGCGUUAAUUUCACGACUGCUCGACUCGAUCUCUAUAGUUACAAUCUACAAUUCCAACACAAUUUAUUAUUACGAUAUAAUAAAAAAAAAAAAACAAAAUACAACUUUAAAAAAUAUUCUCUUAAUAAUAUAUAUGUUGUUUUAAAUUAUCUUCUAAAACAACGAUGCAUAAAGUAACGUCAGAAAUAUAUACGGAGAACGAUUAUAUCUCUGAGAAGCUUGACAACGGAAAUGCAGUGACUAAAUUCGUUUUUAAAUGCCCGUCUUACAUGAUUGAUUCGAAAUCCGCAACUGACACAUUAAAUUACGAUAGCGAUGAUGAUUUGGAUGUUGACAGAGAUAAAGAGGGAAUAAUUCUAAUAGAGCAUAGCGUAUCAACGGAACUCAACUUGGUCGGUUUGCAAGUGUGGAGAGGCGCGUUUUUAUUAGCCGACUAUGUUCUAUCGUAUCCAGAUUUGUUCAAAGAUCAAACAGUUCUAGAGUUGGGAUCUGGAGUCGGUCUGACCAGUAUUGUGGCGAGUUAUUUGGCCAAAGAAGUCAUUUGCACAGAUAUUAACGCAGGCGGUAUAUUGAAUUUAAUUGAACAGAAUUUUAUAAGAAAUUAUGUGUAUGUCAGAUCCGCUUAUUGUAUCGAGGAAGUGAAUUUUUUGAACUUAGAAUGGUCAAAACAAUUGGAGAAGAGAUUACAAAGCGCAAAUAUUAUAUUGGCUGCAGAUGUGAUUUACGAUGACAAAAUUACGGAUGGAUUCGUUCGCACGUUGUCGAAACUUUUGUACACGAAAAAAAAGAAGACGGUUUAUGUUGCUCUAGAGAAAAGAUACGUCUUCAGUAUUGCCGAUUUGGACACUACCGCUCCAAUGUACGAGGAAUUUUUACGUUGCAUCAAAAAAUAUAAGAUGAAUUGGUCCAUGGAGUAUGUGAAUAUAGAUUUUUCACGUUACUUUAAGUAUGAUCGCGUCAAACAUUUGGUUUUAAUAAAGAUACAAAACAAUAGGAAGUCCGUUGCGUACAUGUAGCAAAUAGUUUACGCUCAUAAUAAAGUAUUAAGUCGAUAAUACAUACGAUAUAUAUAAUUUAAUAUUAUAUGAAAUAUUUACGUCAGUAUUAUAAAUAGAAAGGCAGGGAUUAUUCUAAAGCUAAAUAGUAUAUAUAGAAAUUGUUAAAAAUCUUGGAUUAUCACUGUAAUGUUACAAUUUGUUUUAUAUAACAAAUUAAAGAGUGAUAAUCUAAGAAUUAAUAAAAGAGAAAAAAUGAAGAUAUACCUAUUGUGAUAAAAUGACAACUACGUAAUAUAUACAUCUCAUGUCCACAUAUUUAUUCCAUUUACUUUUCUAUUUACAACCUACCAUAGAUAAUGCUAUUGGACAGUGAAUUAGAAGUCGCUCGAAGAGAACGAUAAAUUCCGUUUUGAACUUAAAUACUUGACAUGGCCGAUGGGUGUCUCUAGGACUACAAAAUUUCAUUAGACUACUUAUAAUAUAAAGAAGACAGUAUGUAUAAAGGAAUGUAAGCUCUUCUUCGAACGACUACGGCAGUAGAAGUUUUGUGUAUAUGUUACACACAAAUUUAUAACAAGUCUAAUGUUAUACUAGAGGUCUGAACCGCCAGGAAUACGCGCGCGAAAAAACGACGAUCGGCAAAGAACAAGUCGAGUUUACAUAACAAUUGUACCGAGAUGACAAACUUGUACAAUUCCGCAAAUAACGAUUAUUUUCUAACUAAACCGUCGACCGUCGUUCUAUGGGUUCACAGACCUGUGCUUAGUUUGGUAAAAGGCACUUUCACUCUACCGAUUCCGCCUCUUCUCUCUUUCUUUCUUUCUUUCUUUCUCUCUCUCUCUCUCUCUCUCUCUCUCUUUCU